UCUGGAGAGCAUUUUCAGCGCAGAUGCAGCGCUGCCAGCCCUGCUGCCCACCGAGGAGUUCCGCAGAAAGAGCCUCCCUCAGUCCCACACAGCGCCAACGGCGUCCUGCAGGGCCGCGCGCAGAGCCCGGCCCGGCUCAGCUCAGCUCAGCCCAGCCCAGCCCCGGGGCGGUGUGCGCGGUGCCGGCCCUCCCUCCUCUGCGCCGCCGGAAACUUUCUCUCUUAACCGCGGCCAGAGGGGGGAGCCGAUACAAAAGGGGUUCCCAGAGGUUGCCGGCAGCAGCUGCCGAGGCCUCUCCUGCUCCGCUCGGGGAGCCGAGAUGGACUCCAGCGGCGAGACCCACGAGCUGAACGGGCGGGCGGAGGGAGCGGAGCCGGCGGUGGUCGAGCGGUACAGACCAUCACAGUGGUUUCAGAGAAAUGGACCUAUGAAUAUCAACCACUACGCAAACAAGAAGAGCGCUGCAGAGAGCAUGCUGGACAUUGCGCUGCUGAUGGCCAAUGCAUCACAGCUGAAAGCUGUGAUUGAGCAAGGACCUUCUUUUUCAUUCUACAUGCCCCUUAUUGUUCUUAUCAGCCUGUCGCUCACAAUGCAAGUUAUGGUGGGAGUACUCCUGAUAUUCCUGGUAAAAUAUGACCUUAACAACCCUGCAAAACAUGGCAAGCUGGAUUUCCUCAACAACCUUGCAACUGGACUAGUGUUCAUUAUAGUUGUUGUAAACAUUUUCAUCACUGCCUUUGGAGUUCAGAAGCCAGGUACCAAGUCAGAGUAAAGGCAGUAAGCACAAGAGAUCUGAAGCAUUCGUUCUUCCAUAGAUGCCAUCUGCACUUGGGCCAGCUACACUUGGACACACUCAGAAAAAAAACUGAAGAAGCCAGACACACAGAGCAGCUUUCUCAGGUUUCCAACAAGCAACACGUCAUUGGAAACCUGGCGUUUUCCAAUGUGUUAAUACUUCAGUUGUUUGGCAUCUAAGAAAAGAUUGCUUUUGACCCAAGGACACUGCUUUUCCACAGACUGGCAUUUCAAUUCGUAGAUCAUUUUUCAGAAAAGCAGCAUAAGCAGGUCGUAUUGACUGAUGGGACUUCACACAUUUCAGGACUUUCAGUUUCUGUGCCUUUUGCUUUUACAGUGACUUGACAUUUACACAGUGGUAAAAAGCUGCAGGCCUCCAGUCUGGCAUGUUCCCAUUGUCCUUCAUUUCAUUCACUUGACACCUAUGCUGUCCAUAGCACAGCAGUAUUCCCUUGCCUUUUCCCAAGGUAGCUGUGUCUUGUUCUCUUUCCCUCUCCCAGUUCCAUUCUUUAACUAAAGCAGUGCUACAGCUACAAGCAGUAGACUGUCUUCCGGCCAGUUUUUCCUCACAGGUAGUCCUGCAUUUUGUUUCUUCAUCUCUGGACCACAGUUAAAGCUCUCUUCUGCGUGCACAGACACACAGAAGACCUCACUGCUCCAUUACUUACUGCUACCCUCCAUGUUCUGAGCAUCAGACAUAUUUCUAGGAAUCCUAUCAAAAUAGCUACGUAUUCUGUGUCCAGCUGGAAAACUAGAGGAUACAGAGUAAACUUCACCUGCUAAACUGGUGCUGAGAGCCUGCCAGCAGCUCUAGUAGGAAGCUCGUGACUUGCUUUGUCCUCUUUGAGAUAGCAGUUGCUGCAGUUAUGCUAUUUUUAUGAAUUUAUGGCUAAAAUAAUUUUAAAUACAUACAUACAAAUAUAUGUAUAGAUAUAUAUAUAUAUAUCUCUUUCAGGUUAUUACCUGCUGGCUCAGGGACUGAUGCUUUUUCUAAAUACAGUAUUGCAAGACAUGGUGUAUAUUAAAAAGAUGGUAGCAAUUUUUACACUUUCAAAGAAUCACAUCUGCAGUUACAAAGUCCUGCUUUACUAGAUCAUACUUUCUUGCCGUUGCAGAUUCGUUCUAAUGCAUUUCCUUACAAUUAAGUUUUAAAUGCUGUCUUGCACAUAUUAAUAGAACUUUGUCUUCCAUGCAUCUCAUCUCAUUUCUGUUUUAUGUUCCAAGGUCCAUUCAUGUAUCAUAUCUUCAUUUACAUGCUCUAUAGCAGUUAUUGACAGGAAACAGAUCAAAACUUGUCAACUAGUAGUAAAAUAGGCCACAUUCUUUUUGAUUUCUUUUUUGUUGCUUUUAACUUAACAUGCAUUUAACCAGUAUUUGACUAACAAUGGCUUUAACUACGUGCACUGUACAAAUUUAAGCGUAGCUCCAAACAAUGAGGUAUUCAGGACCUCAGGACAGUUUUGUUUUUUCUUUUUUAAUACAAACCAGUGAAGUGUUUAUACAUGCUUGUGUUGCAGCAGCGUCAGUGCUGUACUGCAGUGAACUGAGUGGCCACACAGCACUGCAGAAAGCCUUAAACAUAUUUCCAUCUUGGGAAAAGGUGACUGUAGGCAGCAGCCCAAUGUGUUUUUGGCAAUUAAUGCUCUAAUAUUCUGAUUUGUCCUCACUGCUCUAAAGGCAGAUGUUGACAAAGGCUCUACUGAUGCAUACUCUAUUUAUACAUGGUGAUAACAUGGCCUGGUUUUGAAUGGAGCUUUCCAUUCCUGCACCACUUGUUGCCACAAACAUCUCUCACGUGCACUAAAGGGCUGCAGUACAGAUGUAUCAGAAAGACAAAGCACAGCAGCAAGGCUCCCUAUCCCAUCUCUCAACCACCUGCACUGUAGCAAAGAAAAGUAACAGUGUGCAGAGCACUGGGGUGUGAAGCAUUCACCAUGUGAUGAUAUGUCAACUACUGAUUCCAGUGGACCCUUCCAAGACAAUUUUGGGGGCAUACAGGAGGAAAAGAAAAAUACUUAAUGUUGAGUGCAUUGCUGAAUGCCAAGGGCUAAUCUGUAUUUAGGGGAGAUGCCUGCUCACCUCUACUGGAACCAGACUUAGCACAAGAAGUCCUUCAGUCAUCCUGAGCUGCUGGAGGUGCAACUGCAACAGCAAAACAGGGAUGACUGCAACUUCAGAAGGCCUGAUUUCUUCUAAUCCUGGCACAUGAAAGCCUGAUCCUAAGGCCAUCCAUCUCUGCUGGACAUCAACAGUAUUCAACUUACAACCAGACAUCUGGGUUUUUUGUUUGUUUGCUUUCUUUUAAAAAUAAAAUUAAAAAGGAUGAUGGUUUA